UGGACGUGCGCGGUCCCACUGUGUCACCUUGCUGGAUACUGUAGUUGCAGGCAGUCUAGCAGUGGAGAAGCAGGGGCACUUAAAACAGUUACAAGUGUCCUAGCCUGGAACCAUAAAACAUCACAACCAUGGCAACAUCAGGGACAAAGCCCAAAACCUCUCCAAAAUCUGUAAAGUUUCUUUUCGGCGGUUUGGCUGGAAUGGGGGCCACAGUGUUUGUCCAGCCGCUGGAUCUGGUGAAGAACAGGAUGCAGCUGGCAGGACAGGGGUCCAAAGCUCGCGAGUACAAGACCAGCUUCCACGCCUUGGCCAGCAUCCUUAAGAAUGAGGGCCUAGGGGGAAUCUACACAGGUCUUUCAGCUGGUCUGCUCAGGCAAGCCACGUACACUACAACAAGGUUAGGCAUCUACACUGUGCUCUUUGAACGCAUGACCAAAGCUGACGGCACCCCACCAAACUUCCUUAUGAAGGCUCUGAUUGGCAUGACCGCUGGGGCCACUGGAGCGUUUGUGGGAACCCCUGCAGAGGUGGCCCUAAUCCGCAUGACCGCAGAUGGACGUUUGCCUCCGGAUCAGAGGAGGGGUUACUCCAAUGUCUUCAAUGCUCUUGUCAGGAUCACCCGAGAGGAAGGGGUCACAACGCUUUGGAGGGGUUGUAUACCUACCAUGGCUCGUGCUGUGGUUGUGAAUGCUGCUCAACUUGCUUCAUACUCCCAGUCCAAGCAGGCUCUGCUGGAUUCAGGAUAUUUUGGAGAUGAUAUCCUCUGCCAUUUCUGUGCCAGCAUGAUCAGUGGGCUUGUCACCACUGCAGCCUCCAUGCCUGUAGACAUUGUCAAGACCAGGAUCCAGAACAUGAGAAUGAUUGAUGGCAAGCCAGAGUACAGAAAUGGACUGGAUGUGCUAGCUACAGUGAUCCGUAAAGAAGGCUUCUUCAGCCUGUGGAAGGGCUUCACCCCGUACUAUGCUCGGCUGGGUCCCCACACGGUCCUCACCUUCAUCUUCCUGGAACAGAUGAACAAAUACUAUAAGAUCUAUUUCCUUGACUCAUAGAAAUGUGUUGUGAAUGGUGGGGCCAUGCCGCAGAAGAGCAGUCACAGUGGUGAGGGGCUUCAGGGGAGGUGUACCCACUUGUUUCACAUCCAUUGAUAGAGUAGUAAAUUGAACAUUUUAUAAACCUUGGUUUACUUUAAAGGUCCUGAUAGCAAUGGUUGAGCAACGCUUAAAUAAACGGCCCUCCUGAAAACGGUUGUGCACCACUACACCUUAGAUGCACCCUAAACAGACUGCACUUUUACCACCCAAACAGUGGUCUCAAUUUUACUACCCAAACAACGGUCUCAAUUUUACCAACCACCAAACAACCUCAUUUCUGUUGGGGUUAACCAUAACAGGUCAUUCAAAAUACAAAACACGCUAUAUUCAUUUAGACAGUUUAGAAAUCUGACUCUUCUUCAGAGUUACUUUGACAGUAUUUAUUUAUUGCAGGAACAUCUUGAUCUUAAUGACCUGAAAAGCUCAUGUAGUGUUGACAUAAAUGAACAUGUACUGCCGAAAUGCUUAAAGACAAACGCCUAUGAAACUCUGUUCAAUUCAAAGUCUCUCCAUAACUGGAGUAACGUGUUAUCUAAAAAGCACACUCAUACACAUUACUGUGAACGUGUUUAAGCUUGUUUGAUGAUGGUGAUUUUCAUUAUGGUACUUGUCCUGUGGCUUUGAUUAGUCAAAGCCACAAGAUGUUUGUACCUGAUGGGUACUCCCCUGUUUGAAAAACACAUUUAGCUUAUAUAUUCAUCUCUUGUGUGUCGGUGUAAAGUCUGAGUUGGGACUUGGAGUGGUCUUUAUUUGCAACAAACUUCACUCCUCAGUCAUUUCUAACAUUGAAAACCAAACUACAUUUCAAUUUGAUUGAGCAGAAAUGCCAUCAGUGUAUCCAAAUACAACAGGCACAACAGUGGUCAGAUUGUAGUGAUCUAAUGACUAUAAAAAAUGUAUCCAGUCAUUGCUGUGAUUGACCGCUAAAAUAUGUAAAUGAACUACUUUGUCGUAGUUCAAUACACUGCCAGUAAUUUGGAAAUAAAACUAGUAUCGAAUUCCAUAUAUUACUCAAAUGCUUAUCAUGAAGUACCACUAUUGUGUCAGAGGGUUUAUGUCGGUCUAUUUAUCACUACUGUUACAUUUCAAAAUACAAUGAAUGUUUUGGUAGUGAUUGUACAGUCAAGGGUAUACAAGCUCAGAGACCUCUUUAUAACCAUUGCACACGCUAAAGGUUCUUAAAUACAGAGUGACUGUAGUCAAAUGUGUUUCAAUCAUGUUCUUCCUGAUCCUUACUCCAUGCCGGAAGAAUACAAGUAUCUGAUUUAAGGACAUAUUUAUAAAAUGGUCAAAUAGGAUCAUGAUGACUAUAAUGUAAUAUAAUUUACGCAAAUGAGAAUCUCCUGAACCUCCUUUUUUUUUACUCAAGAUUAGGACAUCAUAAAUUCCCCUGUUUAGCCGUCUUGUGAAAGUCAUAGUGUUUUCAUUGUGUUUCACCACCAACCUGUUCAUUUAUGUUCAUUUAUACAAACACACUGCUCAUUUUACUGUUCCUAACAACCAGAAAGAAUGCUGUUUUUUUUUUUCCAGAUGUAAAACAUCUAUUCUGCGAUUCUGGUUAAAACACGACGAAACAAACAAACAAAAAAAUAAACAAAAAUAAAUAUUUUCCUUUGAA